CUACGCUGUGCAGGAAUGGCAGAAGUGCCUAAGCAGAUGUGGAAUAUGGGAGUCAAAAAUUAGGAACAUCUGGAUCGCCUGUGCAUGAAACGCAGAAUAGGGCAGCUGGAAGUCGGGAUAUCGAAGCUGCUUUUAAGGUAGACUGGUGAAAGGUGAACCACCAAGUGAUUCUCGGAAUUUUAUACUUCCCUGUAUAUUUGGGAAAGAAUCGUCCAGGUUCCCGCGGCCGGCAGCAUGCCGUCGUUCAGCAGGCAGGAGUUCUUUCAGGAGUUGGCAGAGGGCUGUCUCCUGCCCACCGCCCAGCAAGGUCUCGAGCAGGUCUGGCAGCUGCUGGUCAUCUGCCUGCUGUGUCGAUGCCUUUGGAGGCUGGGCCUCCCGCUCUACGUGAAGCACCUGAGCACAGUGGCUGGGGGGUUCUAUUCCCUCUACCUCUUCUUCCAGCUCCACAUGGUGUGGGUGGUGUUGCUCAGCCUGCUCUGCUACCUCAUCCUCUUCCUGUGCCGCCACUCCAACAACCGCGGCACCUUCCUGUCCGUCACCAUCCUCAUUUACCUGCUCAUGGGUGAGAUGCACAUGAUGGAUACUGCUACGUGGCAUAAAAUGAGAGGCUCCCAGAUGGUGGUGGCCAUGAAGGCCAUCUCUUUGGCCUUUGACCUGGACAGGGGUGUCGUCCCCACCGUGCCUUCGCCCAUUGAGUUCAUGGGCUACAUUUACUUUGUGGGCACGGUGAUCUUCGGACCCUGGAUCAGCUUCAACAGCUACAAGGAAGCCAUCGGCAGCCGGAAGCUGAGCUGGGCCUGGUUGCUGAAGGUGUGCCUGAGCUGGAUCAAAUGCCAGGUCUGCCUGAUCAUCUCCAACUGUGUCGCCCCCUAUCUCUUCCCCUACUUCAUCCCUAUCUAUGGAGACCGGCUGGUUCGAAUCAAAAAGAAACGAAAAAGCAGUGCUAUAGCGAGGUGGCUUCACGCCUAUGAAAACGCCAUGUCCUUCCACUUCAGCAAUUACUUUGUGAGCUACCUGAGUGAGACCACGACCACGCUGGCCGGAGCCGGCUUCACUGAGGACAAGGACAACUUGAAAUGGGACCUGACCGUUGCGAGGCCCUUGAAUGUGGAGUUUCCCAGGUCAAUGGUCGAAGUCGUCACUUCUUGGAACCUCCCCAUGUCUCGUUGGCUUAAUACCUAUGUGUUUAAAAGUGCUCUGAAACUGGGCACUUUCCCUGCCAUACUGGUCACCUACACGGCCAGCGCUCUCUUGCACGGUCUCAGCUUCCACCUGGGGGCGGUGCUACUGUCCCUGGGCUUCAUCACCUACAUAGAGCACGUUCUGCGGAAGAGACUGGCUGUCAUCUUCAGUGCCUGUAUUCUGUCAAAGCGAUGUCCGCCUGACUGCACUCACCAGCAUAAGAAGAGCCCAUGGGUCUAUGGCAUCAACGUGCUCUUCAGCACUUUAGCCAUCUUCCAUCUGGCAUACCUGGGCUCCCUGUUUGAUGCUGAUGUGGACAAUGUGGACACAGAAGAGGGCUAUCUGGCCAACCACACCAUUCAGAAGUGGACUGAGCUGAGCUGGGCGAGCCACUGGGUAACGUUUGGCUGCUGGGUGUUCUACCGUCUCAUCCGCUGAGUGUUGGACGGGGACGAGGGGCAGUAAUGUCCAGCACCCUGAGCCCAGGGCCCGACCAGAGGAGCACUGCAAAGGCCUGUCUUCUGGAAUUCCCCUUCUGUCCUUCUCUUCUCCGGAUUCCUGCUCAGGACAUCCGGAAUGGUCCCCAGCCCUGGCUCCCGCCGUACCAAUGGCACGUCAUCUUCACUUGGAACCUAUUCCUUCCUCAUCCUCCAAAUUAUGAGCUGCCCCCCCCCCCCCCAAAAAAAAAAAAUGUAUACUUCCAUGCUUUCAAUGGAACCAUUGCACUGUGAGUCACUAUCAGCUCUCUAAAGCUUGACUGUAACUGGCCCAUUAGUCCACCUGUCAGUCACUCGGAUGGACAGCCUCUCACCAGCUUCCAGGUGGUAAAUAUUUGGACUAGUUUUCAGUCUCAUAUAUGUAUGUCUCCAAAUGUAACUCCAAUUAAUUUUUUUCUUUUUAUACCUCAUGAUACCUUGUAGGAUCUCACAGUAAACUGACGAAACUCUUCCAAACAGGCAGUUACCGCAAGUUUAAAUGUAACACAGAUUUCCCUUAAGGUGGAGAUUCAACUGUAAGCCAACAGUCCUUCACCAUGACUUUGUCUCCUCAUGGAGAGGAGAUCUUGUGCUGGCCCAUGUCAAAGUAGCUCUUCCACACAUAUCAGGUUCCACUUUUUGGUUUCUGUGAGAUGUCACUUCCCCCAGUUGAUGCCUGCUUCCCUGCUUGGUACUGUAAGUGCACUGUGUGAUUUGUGAAGAAAGCGGGUGUCUGCCCAUGACUGUGCGGUGCCUGGGAAGGUGUGAGGAAGGUCUGUCACACAGCUGAAGAUGGUGAAGUCACGGCUAAAAACCUGGAUGAACGGGUACUUUGGUGAGAAGAACUUUAUUAGAUCAAAUUAGUUGAAAAUUAUGCACCCCCCCCCCCCAAUUUUCCCUUCUUAAACCCCCCUAUUGUUUUAAAUUUAAAUUUUGUUGUGGAUUCUCGAUCUUUCAUCAAAAUGCUGGGGUUGCUUGCAAUUGAAAGCUACCCAUACAGGUAUUACAAGCAGCGCCAUAUACCGGUACGCACAACAGUAAUAUAUUACUUUCAUGCCUCUGGGUUAGUUGUAGUAUACUUAUACUUUAUAUGGUAUGAAAUUAUAUCUGAGCCCUGAAACGGCAGAACUCCUUUACCUGUUGUCAUUUAAGCCAUAGUAUCCUCUUAGCAGUGUUCAUUGAAUAGCCAAAUGAUCUUAUUACACUGGAAUAAACUGAGUUGUCAGUUUAUAUUCUUUUUUGAUCUGUUGUGAUCCUUAUCAACAUAUUAACUCACCUUUGUAAGUUUUGUUUUUUGUUUGUAUCGUGCCAUAUAGUUUUGCAAUAGAUCUGUUCAAUAAUUUUUACCAUCCAUAUUUUUAUGAAGAUAGCUGACCAUAAUUCUCUGUUACUGUGCCGUGAGUAUUGUUAGUUAACUGAGCGGAGAGUUAGUCAUUUCCAGUCUUUCUCCUUUUUUCUUGUAUAUGUUCUGUUUUCCAAUUACUGUGGUUUCUGUUAUUAUGUUGUAUCCUUUGUGUUAUUUUUUCCCAUUAAAAGCUGAAGAAUUUGGUUUCAUUCUC